CGUGAACCGUGUUUCCAGAACAUGUCCAGCCAAGAAUCCUGUGAAUAUAGACCGCAACGGGGCCUCUCAGCCAACAUCACGCGCACUCGCCGUCGUACAUGUACUAAACAAACCGUGCCCGUCGUCGUCGUGCUCGUUCUUGACGACACUGACACAAAAUUAAAUCUCGGGCCGCGGAUGCAAUUGUCAUCCCAACCUUACCGCAAACUGCCGAUUCGCUGAAUUUCGCCGGAGCGCUAGGCAUUAUUUUCCCGAGAUUCUGCUUUCUCCUCGAUCAGCAUAUUUUCUUGCUCGUGCUUCAAACAUACAUCAUGUCGUCCGAAUCAUCUUCAAAAGGCCCUGUUAUCAUCAUCACUGGCACACCAGGCACAGGAAAGACAACUCAUGCACAACUGCUAGUGGAAGAAUCACCUAUUCCAUUAAAACACAUCAACGUCGGAGAGUUUGUGAAGGAGAAGGGCUUAUAUGAAUCGUAUGACGACGAGUGGCAGAGUUAUACAGUGGAUGAAGAUCGACUGUUGGAUGAGCUUGAACCUAUCGUCUCAGCUGGAGGUGUAAUCCUCGACUGGCAUACAUGUGAACUAUUCCCAGAAAGAUGGGCUGAUCUAGUAGUCGUCCUUCGUUGUGACCACUCAAAGCUGUGGGAUCGCCUAGAAAAGAGAGGAUAUCCACUCAAGAAAAUCCAAGAAAAUAAUGAAGCAGAAAUUAUGGAGGUUGUCCUAGACGAGGCACGAUCGUCAUAUUCACAAGAAAUUGUCGUCGAGCUGAAAAGCGAAGGUACAGAAGAUCUCGAGUCAAAUGUAGCAAGGAUUGUACAAUGGAUCAAUGCAUGGAGAGCAGAUAGAGAGACGAGCAAUGUUGAAAGCUAGUCUCGCUCAUUCUCGUGGCUGCACAACCAAUUGCCUGUGUCC